AUGGGGAAUUUCAUGAUUGAACGGAUAUUUGAAGUUGGAUCUCUGGAAUGUCCGAUGAAUCAUAAUUAUUACAAAGAGGAUGGCAAUAAGAGCACUCUGGAGAACAAAGUAAUUCACACAGGAGAGAAACCAUAUGCGUGUCCAGUUUGUGAGAAACGUUUCGCUAAACCCUUUGAAUGUUCGGAUUGUGGGAAAUCUUUCACUCGGAAUUCCAGCCUGGUGAUACACCAGAAAACUCACACCAGAGAGAAACACUUUGAAUGUCCUGAGUGUGGGAAAGGUUUCAGUUGCAGUUCCAAACUGGUAGUACACCAGAGGACUCACACAGGAGAGAAACCCUUUGAAUGUUUGGAUUGUGGGAAAUGUUUCAAUCAGAAUUCCCACCUGGUGACACAUCUGGUGAGACACCAGAUGACUCACACAGGAGAGAAACCGUUUCAGUGUCCACAGUGUGGGAAAAGUUUCAGUCAGAAUUCCAGCCUGGUGAACCACCAGAGGACUCACACAGGAGAGAAACCCUUUGAAUGUCCUGAUUGUGGGAAACGUUUCAGUCAGAAUUCCCACCUGGUGAAACAUCAGAGGACUCAUACAGGAGAGAAACCCUUUGAAUGUCCUGAUUGUGGGAAACGUUUCAGUCAGAAUUCCCACCUGGUAAUCCACCAGAGGAUUCACACAGGAGAGAAACCCUUUGAAUGUCCUGUUUAUGGGAAACAUUUUACUCAAAAUUUCAGUCUUCUGACACACCAGAGAACUCACACAGGUGAGAAACACUUUGAAUGUCCUGAAUGUGGGAAAAGUUUCAGUCAUAAUUCCAAUCUGGUGAUACACCAGAGGACUCACACAGGAGAGAAACCAUAUAAGUGUCCACUUUGUGGGAAAAAUUUUAUUGUAAAUUCCCACCUGGUGAGACACCAGAGAACUCACACAGGCGAGAAACCCUUUGAAUGUCCUGAAUGUGGGAAAUGUUUCAGUCAGAAUUCCAACCUGGUGAUACACCAGAGGACUCACACAGGAGAGAAACUCUUUGAAUGUCCUGAUUGUGGGAAAAGGUUCACUAAGAAUUCCCUCCUGGUGAUACACCAGAGGACUCAUACAGGAGAGAAACCGUUUACGUGUCCACUUUGUGGGGAAAGUUUCGUUGCAAAUUCCCUCCUGGUGAUACACCAGAGGACUAGGACUCACACAGGAGAGAAACUGCAUGAGUGUCGAGAGUGUGGGAAAAGUUUCUGUUACACUUCUCUGCUUGUAAAACACCAGAGGACGCAUGCAGGAGAAAAACCGUAA